AUGAGCACACCACAAACACCGCGCAUGCGGGGCGCGGGCGCGUAUCCCGAAACACCGUUGACGACGAGACGAGCGCAAAGACCAGCACAAUAUGCACCAUCAUCGCCCGGUAUGCAGAGAGCACCGCUGCCCUCGAUCCCCACCCUCAAGUCACAACAACCGACCACGAGUCCGCCUGGCGAACCCUUGAUACCCGAGCACAUCAUCGACCCACCCUCACAGCGGUUAUAUGCAGUUGCCAUAUGGGUUGGCCUGUGGACAUGGCGGAUCUGUGACUUGAUGGCAUUGCAGGAGUCGGAAGAGCAGAGUUUAUGGCUGUUCAUGAAAUGGGUUGCAAUGGACGGCAUCUUUCUGUUUGGCCUGCCGAGUAUGAGGAUACCGUGGCUGGAAUGGAGUCCGGCGACCAUGACUUUGCUGUUCCUGGCACAUGCUUUCGCUGAUGGUAUGCUCAUGUUCAGAAUUCCCAUACCACUUGGAGCAGGACUGGCGGUGUUAUGGCGAGGAGUGUGGGGUGCUUACGAGACGGCUGUCAACGAGCACAAUGUCAACCCGAAUACCAUCAUGUUCAACGAGUCUUUGAUUCUGGGACGGCAGGUCAUCCACAUCUUGCCCGAGGGGUCGGCUGUGCUAAACCCACAAAGAGAGGCGUUCUGCAUUGAUGCCUCGAGGACUGGUGUGAAGCUGCCAAUUACAAUCAACGCAACGAGCCCGAUAGGUAUCGAUAUACUGCGAGUGGAUCUGGAAACUCAGGCGAACGAAACCCUACACAUCAGCAAGUCGCAGAUUAAGACUCUGCAUAAGGAGGCUUCCCGACUGCUUUCUUAUAGCGACAACCCGAACGAGCCAAAGACCCUGUACUACACCGUGAAGAAGCCUGGGCUUUAUGUUCUGGCAAAGGUGCUGGAUCAAUCAAACCUCGAGGUAUCGCGCAAGAAGCUGGCACAUACUGUGGUUGUCCCUUGUCCAAAAGCCGAGAUAGUGGCCACCACCAAGGACAAGUGCAAGGGCGAGACCGCGAAUGUCGCUCUGCAAGCUAUUGGCACGCCGCCGAUGAGGAUCAGGUACCGGAAGUACGUCAACAAGAACCACCAGGACAUCACAUCGGAGAACAUCCAGCCCGAUGAUUUCUUCUCGCCUCUGUCGAAGCAGGACCAAAACUCUUUGGUGGUCCCCAAUCGAGUGGAGACAGAGUGGGCCAGGACGCGCUCCGUGAGCGUGCCCAUUUCUGAAAGCUUGGCUACAUCCGGGACGUGGUCGUAUACGAUCGAGGAGAUUGUCGAUGGUUUCGGCAACAAGGUCUCGUACUCCGGGCGCGACAAGGAUGAGCACAGCCGCCACGCACCAAAGUCUUCCAACAAUCGUCAAAUAUUCAAUGUCCACGAGAGACCCAAUGUCGUGUUCAAUGGAUGUUCACCACAACGACCACUGAAAGUGGCGCAGGGACAAUACGCGUCACUACCUCUCGUCUAUGGCAGUACUGGUAAGAAUGAGAUCGCGAACGCCACAUACCACCUCGAGUACAGAUUCACACCCGAGGAAAGUCUUGCUGCUGGCGGCGAUCUUAGUGCUGUUCAGGAGAUCAAGACUUUCAAGCCUCAUGCGAGCGGCCAGAAGCCACUGGUACAACUUCCAGGUCUUUACACCUUGACUGGCGUGGCGAGCGAGCACUGCUCCGGCGAUGUUCGUGAGCCUGCAUCGUGUUUGCUGGAGAAUCCGCCACGACCAUCACUUACGCUGACUAGCGAGCCCAUCCACGACAAAUGCGCAGGAAGCUCAAUUGGUCUUCGCGCAGACCUUGAUCUUGCUGGUACACCACCAUUCGCAGUGCAGAUGAAAAUGACACGCAAUGAUGAAAGGCAACACACCUUCUGGACUGAAAGAGUCAACGGCUUACGUGGCCAGCUGCAACUGACGCCUCCGCAAGCGGGCAACUACAAGUACCAGAUCCUGAGUGUUAGCGAUGCUGUAUACAAAGAGCAGUCCGUGAAUGUUGAGGCCCUCGAGCAAGCUAUCAAGCCUUCGGCGUCGGCCGCGUUUGUCAGGGACGAGAAGCAGACCUUGUGUAUGGACGAACGAGCUUCGUGGGAUGUCGCCCUUGUCGGUGAUGCACCGUUCAAGCUUGAGUAUGAGCUUGUUCACAAUGGCAAGCGCGACAAGAAGGUCAUGGACGGCCUCACUGAACCAAUCGUCGAGAUCAAAACUGACCCUCUUCACGAUGGUGGAGACUAUACGCUGGCUCUCGUCAGUAUCACCGACAAUGUGGGCUGCAAAGAGUUCCUCAGAGCCGAAGCAAAGGUUGCUGUAAGACACCAGAAGCCAAAGGUGGCCUUUGGGCAGAUUGAAGCUAGACGUACUGUGGACUCCUUGGAGGGCAAACAAAUAGCGCUGCCGUUGCGUCUGACCGGCGAGGCACCAUGGACUGUGAAGUUUUUGGACCACAACGGCAGUUUGCAGGCCAUGCGCGCUUCAUAUCCAAAUGACCGACUCGCGGUCGACCAGGCUGGUAUAUACGAACUCAUGGAGGUCUCUGACAACUUCUGUCCUGGCGUGGUCGACUCAGAGGCGAAACAAUUUCAGGUCGCAUGGAUCGCUCGACCAGAGCUUCGUCUGGCACCUGAUGGAUGUGUCGUGCGGAAGGGCAAUACUUGCAUCAAAUCAGACGUUUGCGAGGGCGACGAUGAUGCGGUCGAGGUCCUGUUCAAGGGCGCUCCUCCCUUCGAGGCGGCCUAUGUGCAACAUGUGAAGCCUGAGAAGGGCGCCGUGACACCAAAGAACAAGAACCUAAGAGCAGCAUUGAAUGUGGCCUCCCUUCGUAUGGACACUCAGCAGGCUGGAACUUACGACUACAAGUUCGCAACGCUGAAGGACUCCAACUAUGAUCCUAGCGCCAAGCACUUCUCGCCGCUCACGAUCCAGCAGAAGGUGCACUCUCGACCGUCAGCGGCUUUCACGACCCCCGGCAAGACUUACAGCUUCUGCUCGGUCGAGUCCGAAGGCGAGGAGGUUAUUCCAGUCACCCUGCACGGUCAGCCGCCAUUCGAGCUCGAAGUUGAGAUCAAGCAUCACGGCUCGAUCAAGCCAGAGCUGGUCCACUACAACAAUAUCCCAAGCACUACACACGACAUCCGCAUUCCACACUCUCGCCUACAUCUCGGCAAGUCUGCCGUGUCAUUACGUCGUGUAAGCGAUGCUCGCGGCUGCGCAAGAACGCUCGACAGUACCACACCACGCGUCCAGAUCUCGGUCCAUGAUGCGCCCACCAUCACACCGCUCGAGAUCCAAACAGACUACUGCGUGGGCGAUCGCAUCAAUUUCGGCCUCUCCGGCGUAGCACCUUUCCAAGUCUUCUACACUUUCGAAGGCCAACAACGUAAAGCUUCCGUCGCCUCUGGCAACACCUUCCGCCGCCUCGCCGAGAAGCCCGGAACUUUCGCCAUCACAGGUCUCCAAGACUCCGCUUCCUCUUGCCGCGCCAACCCAAACCUCACAAAACACAUCCACGGCAUGCCCUCCGUCCGGGUCUCCAACGGCCGCGACAGCUACGUCGACAUCCACGAAGGCGGCGAGGCAGAGAUUCUGUUCGAAUUCGGUGGCGUGCCGCCUUUUGAGUUCACAUAUAUCAGAAGUUCAAACACCGAGAAGGCGGCGAAGAAGAAGGGCACGAUUCUUGAUAUGAGGAGUGAGAUUAGUGAUGAGAGGAGUAUGAGGAUCUUCGCGAGUGAGGAGGGGACGUAUGAGGUUGUGGCGAUUAAGGAUGCGUUUUGUGCGUAUUCGAAGCCGGGUAUCAAGGUGGAGAGUGAUAAGAGGAAGAGGUUGCAGUAUUGA